GCAAGUACCCUGUUCAUUCACUGCGCUGAUAACUAUUCUUCAAACUAUUUCUGUGGUUACUAUCACCGGCAUGCACCCACUUCCAGCUCAAUUCCUCGGAAAACCACAGUCACAAUUAGAGAAGUCGUCGAAAAGACAACAUGACCAAGACGAUCAUUGCACCCUCCACCGUAGACAACCAGACCCUCCACCUGCCCCGAAUCCUGUGUCUUCACGGCGGCGGCACCAACCGCACCAUAUUCCGUGCACAGUGCCGCGUCAUAAUCGCCCAAUUACGGCCAUACUUCCGCCUCGUAUUUGCAGACGCUCCCUUCCCUUCCGAGCCAGGCCCAGACGUGGUCUCCGUCUACAGGGAUUUCGGGCCAUUCAAGCGCUGGCUGCGGUCCAGGCCGCACCAUCCAGUGGUUGAAGACAGUUCUGCAGUCUCGGAGAUCGAUGCCUCCAUUACCCGAGCUAUGGAGUCUGACGAGGGCACCGCUGAAUGGGUUGGCGUUCUGGGCUUCUCACAGGGCGCUAAAGUUGCUGCCUCCCUCUUAUACAGACAGCAGCUACGGACCACCAUGCUUGGUCCCACCUCUUGUUCCGUCAAUUUCCGGUUUGGAGUUCUUAUGGCGGGCCAGGGUCCUAUUGUUUCUCUGCAGCCGGAAUUGCUGCAUAACGAGGCGUUGCUCACGGCGUCGGAGAUCUGCCUGGUGCGUGCGCCGUCCAGCCAAUGUCUCGCUAGGGAAGAGCAUGUCCUCAGACUACCGACCGUCCAUCUUCAUGGAAUGUUGGAUCCGGGCAUUGAUCGCCAUCGUGCGCUGUUGGAGGGGUACUGCUGUCCAAAGGCGAGACGGCUGGUGCAGUGGGAGGGGGCGCAUAGAGUCCCAAUUAAAACGAGAGAUGUGGCCCUUCUUGUCGAACAGAUUCUGGAUAUUGCCAGACUGACUGGCGUUUUGUAA